AGCCCGAUCCCGUGCCCCUGAGUCCACUGCUCUGUUUUGGGAUUGGGGCUUGUUAUUAAAAGUUGCAAACACCAUUUCCCGAGAGCAAGGACUUUCAUUUCUCCGUUACCUCUUUCGGACUUUUGGACAGCGGUGGCGCUUUCACUUUCCAAACGUCACGAUUGUUUCCUGGAGGCUGCGUUUCGAUUCCGCAGCCCCAGCAGGUUCAGUGUCGCCAGUCACUGCGGCGACUAUGAAUGUGCGAUGCAGCUUCGAGAUGGCCCACUCACUGGGAUCGGCUCUGUACAGGGAAUGGGCUAAAAAGAUCUUUGCAAUCGAGUGCAGCAACAACUCUGAGCCGCUUUAUUUUGCUCUAAACCCGACCUCCGAGGGGCCCUGGGAUGAGAAUUCCCGUUUGCAUCAACUCCUGAGCCGCGGUCAAACGUACUCGGUUUGCAUCGCCUCUGAAAACAGGAUUCAGGGUGCAGAAUCAUACGUCCAUCUGCGAGAUAAACUGACCAGGCUGCCCGAAAGAUGUCGCGUUAUGGAAAUGAUGGCGUUUUCCCCAAACAAGCAGGGAUCCUUGAUCAAGGGAUUUUUGGUCCAAGACGAUCAAAAUUUUAAAGAGACAGAGCGUCUAUUGCAGGAUCUGGUCCGUGCAAAUAGGCAGACAACUCUCUGCAGCUACACGGGAGAUGAUGGGGGCAGAAUAUGGCAGGGACUGAGGCUGGUCACUGAUGGGCAGGAGAGAGAGAUCUUCAGAAACUGUAUCUCACUGGCUGAAAAACCAGAGCUCCAUCCCUCUGUGUUAAACAUAAAAAAUUCCGUUAUAUUCUGCAAAUAUGAAGAUGCUUAUGGCGUUUUAGAAGAGUGUGUAGAUAUGAUUCCCAAAGCCAAGGAUGUUCUGCAAUUAGUGGAUCAGUGCGACAGGACUUGUAGAAAGGGUCCAUUUCCAGUAAUUGUGAUAGAAGGACUUGAUGCAACAGGAAAAAGUACUUUGACUGAGGCUUUAAGAAACUCUAUUCAAGCAACACUUUUGAAGUCCCCGCCGGACUGCAUUGGCCACUUGAGAAAAACGUUUGACGCAAAGUCACCUCCCAUUCGACGGGCUUUUUAUGCUUUGGGCAAUUACAUUACUGCUUCCACCAUAGCAAAUGUAUCUGAAAAGUCUCCAGUAAUUGUGGAUCGAUUCUGGCAUAGCACUGCGGCGUAUGCAAUUGCAACAGAAGUCAGUGGAAAGGUGGAGAACCUGCCACCCCCACACCAUGAAUUGUACCAGUGGCCCCAAGAUCUAGUUCAACCAGAUUUGGUGCUGUUGCUCACAGUCGAUGCAGAGGAGAGAGUCCGUCGCUUAGAACGAAGAGGAGAGAUGAGAACAAAGGAAGAAAUCGAGCUGGAAGCAAACAGUUUAUUUCGACAGAAGGUGGAAGCAACUUACAGAAGGAUGGAGAACCCAGCUUGUGUUGUAGUUGAUGCCGGUGCUUCAAAGGAAGAGGUCCUUCAAAACGUUCUUCUCCUAAUUGAUAAACACUGUGACAAUGAACAAACUUGACUUCGUAUAUUGGUGAAUUUGAGCUUCAAUCAUUUAGUACUGAAAUACCUUUCAUGCCUUUAUUUAAUACACUGUAACUGGGCACCAAGUAUUCAUGAACAGAUAUCAUUAACCUAUUUCUUUUGCUUUGGGUAUGUAAAUGAGCCAUGCGCUAAUUUCGCUCUGAUGAAAUAAUCAGCAAGCAAUGAUGUGAUCAGCUGAUGUGAUUUGCAUCAUCAAGCUGUGUAUUUUUAAACUACUAAAAAGAGAUAUACAGGGCUCUAUUGUUUGUCUUCCCUUAUCCAGUGGCAGAUCACCAGUACCUCCCUACCUGAGAUCCUGGGAUAAAUUUCGACUUCUUCACCUGGGCAUUAACCUGUUCAGUCGGGUCCUACAACAGUCAGUGAUCUGCCCCACUAGGCUGUUGCCCAGAGAGUGGAAUUGAAAUCAUCUCUUAACACUUCAAAUGUAAAUUAAUGGAAGUGGUGGAAUUGUUAUAAUCAGUAAUCUAAACGGCCAUAGAGUGAGAUCAAGUACUAUGCUCCAAUCAGUACAGUGAAAGGUAGAUGUCCCUGAGAAUCCAGAUUGAUUGGACAGUUAUUUUGGAGCAGAAGAAAGUAGCUGCUUAGCUCAGGCUAUGUUUCCACUGGCCAGCCUCAUGAGUUAUUCCAAGCUGCAAACUUUCCCCUGAAUAAAACCAAUCACUUUUGGUGCAGGUUAAAAGUCGCUCCAAGGCAAAGUAGUUUGAACUUGAAUUGUGUAGUGUCAGCUGUAGUUCAGUUGGUAACAUUCUUGUCUCUGAGUUGUAAGGGUCUGAAUUCAAGUCCCACUCCAGUGUUUGAACAUUGGGAGGGUGUUAGAGGUCCUCCCUUUUUAAUAAGACAUUGUACAAAGGCCCCCUUCUGCCUGCUUGGGUAGAUGCAAAAGAUUCCAUGACAAAAUUUCAAAAAAGAGCCAGGUAGUUAUUCCCGGUGUUCUGGCCAAUAUUUAUCCUCAAUCAACAUCACAAAAGCAGAUUAUCUGGUCAUUAUUACAUUGCUGUUUGUGAGCGUUUGCUCUCGCAAAUUGGCUGCUGCAUUUCCUACAUUACAAUAGUGACUGCAAUUUGAAAGUACUUCAUUGGCUGGAAAGCACUUUGAGAUGUUUGGUGGUUCUGAAAAACGUGAUAUAAAGGAAAGUCCUUCUUCAUACAAAACACUGAUGUAAAUUUGUUACAGCAAAGUGCCUUGCCAACAUAAUUAUCCACUCUUAUCUGGUUAUCAUACUGGUGAUGUGAAGGAUGGGAUGGUCUUUUAAACCCCGUUUAGAAUUAUAUUAUAUAUUAUAUAGAAUUUUUCAGAUUCUAGAAAUUGCAUCAUGUUUCAUCCUGGUCAACCAUUUGACAACCCUUGAUUGAUAUGUAAUGCCUUAACCUGUUCUGCUGUAAACAAUAUAUAUAUAUAUAUAUAAACAUAUAUAUUAUAUAUAUAUAGAAUAUAUGCGAUUUCAAUUUAUUGAACACUUCUGUUAUGUGUAAUCAUCUUGUAGUUUGGUUAUAACUCUGUAAUGAAUAAACUUAAAAUACACAAAGUAAGGUUAUAUGGGUUUAUCAUUGAUAUUUUAUGGAAAGAUCUGAAAUUAAAAUAAGUAUUUAAUCUA